AUGUCGACCAUGCUGGAAAUGACCGGGCUCAUGUUGUGUGUCGGGGGCUGGCUACUAACCGGCAUCGCUCUGGCCAACGACUACUGGAAGGUGUCAUCGCAUUCCGGCAACGUCAUCAUCUCAAACCGGCAAUAUGAGAACCUGUGGCACUCCUGCGCUGAAAACAGCGCCGGCAUCAGCACCUGCAGGGACUUUGAGUCCAUGCUCGCCCUGCCAGCUUUUAUGCAGGCAUGUCGUGCGCUGAUGAUCACCCCCCUGCUCCUGGGUCUGCCUGCAACCAUCGCGUCAACGCUGGGAGUGAAGUGCAUUCAGACCAGCCGCACCUCUGACCAGGACAAGGACAAGAUUGCACUGACUGGCGGCUGUCUGUUCAUCCUGGCAGGUGUUAGUACCUUGACGGCUGUGUCCUGGUAUGCCCAUCAAGUUGUGCAGGAGUUCUAUAAUCCCUUUUUUGGAAGCAAAAGGUUUGAACUUGGACCUGGCCUGUAUAUGGGCUGGGGCGCAGCCUUCUUGUCCAUUGUGGGAGGGGUUUUCCUGUGCUGUGCCGGCAAGAGGGCUGUCUCAGGAAAACCAAGAUCUGGGUUCUACUCUGCAGCUGGACAAGGGCAAAAGAUCUAUAGAGCUGCAGCUACCUCAGAAGCUGGGACUUCAAAAGGCUAUGUUUAA